AUGUACAAUAUUUUGGCCUUGUUCGUCAUUCUGUCAGGAGCGGAAGCUAUACUUCGUCCAGAAGAAGCGGCGAAACUUACCGGUGGGGCUCUUGUCGACUAUUUGAAGAAACAUCAGACACUGUUUCAAGUCGACGAAUCACAGAAGGCACGUACCUACAGUAAACUUUUGAUGUCCAAGAAAUAUCAUGAAAUAUUGGAAGAUGAAAAGCGAGUCAAGAUUCAAUUAGAUGAGGAGCCGCCGGAAAGUUCAUUACGUAUUUUAUGA